AUGGCUACAAUUAAAGCAAUAGAUAGUUCUUCUAUCCACCGCAUCCAGUCCGGUCAGGUCAUAGUUGACCUUUGCUCCGUUGCAAAGGAGCUUGUUGAAAAUAGUGUGGACGCAGGUGCAUCAAGCAUAGAGGUGCGGUUCAAAAAUCAAGGGCUGGACUCUAUUGAAGUUCAGGACAAUGGUAGCGGCAUAACUUCCGACAACUAUCAAUCCAUUGCACUAAAGCACUAUACUUCGAAACUAUCUGUCUACGAUGACCUCUCCGACCUGCAGACAUUUGGCUUCCGUGGUGAGGCCCUUUCGUCAUUGUCUGCGCUAAGUCACUUAUCCAUCAUUACCUGUGUGGCGGAUGAUGCUCCAAAGGGGUCUAAGUUGCAGUUCGCCUCAUCAGGAGCCCUUGAAAGCACAUCCAUAGUGCCUGCAAAGCAGGGAACAACCGUCAUCGUCGACAGUCUAUUCCACAAUCUCCCGGUCCGUCGCCGAGAGCUGGAGCGCCAUAUCAAAAGAGAAUGGGCCAAAGUCAUCUCCCUUCUCAACCAGUAUGCUUGCAUAUUGACUGGUAUCAAAUUCACCGUCUCCCAGCAGCCGACGAAGGGGAAGAAGAUCGUCCUCUUCUCCACGAAAGGAAACCCUACAACUCGCGAAAACAUAGUCAAUAUCUUUGGCGCAAAAACCAUGACCGCCCUAAUACCUUUGGAUCUUGUCUUGGAAAUGGAGCCGACAAAGUCGCAAACAUUAUCGCGGCGUAGCAAGGGCACGCCAGCCUCACAUUAUGUUAUCGUUAAGGGAUUUGUCUCCCGUCCAGCCCAUGGGGAAGGCCGUCAGGCCCCCGAUCGUCAAAUGUUCUUUGUCAACGGACGUCCUUGCGGCCUGCCCCAGUUUGCCAAGGUAUUUAAUGAAGUCUACAAAGCCUUCAAUUCUUCCCAGUCCCCCUUCAUUCUCGCCGACAUACAGCUUGACACACACCUGUACGACGUAAACGUCAGCCCGGAUAAGCGCACAAUCCUCCUCCAUGAGCAAGGUAGCAUGCUGGAACAUCUAAAGGAGUCUCUCAACUCUCUCUUUGAAGCGCAAGACUACACAGUUCCCGUAUCCCAGCUCGCGACUCAAAAAACACUAUCUCUAGCCAGGGCAAGUGCGACGACGCCGUCAUCAUCCAAAAGGGCCAUUGGCGAUGAGUCUAGCAUCACCACUCCCGAGCCCUACCGACUCAGAAGUGACCCCGAGUUACAUAACCCUAGUAUCGUUUCUGAGAUUGAAGGGACCUCCUUGGCUACCCGUGGAUCCAUCAAAGAAUUAUUUAUGUCUUCCCGAUCUAGUCAAGCGACGAGUGUGGGGGAUAGCCCGGUGCCAGACAACAAAGCCGAGACGCCCUCUAAAGCGCCGGCGGGGUUGGAGGACGCCCUCAAGCCAGAACCCCCCGACAACGAGUCUUCUGGCAGCGAAUCCCUAACCAGCCGUCCAGGAAAUUUGAAUGAGGCUGGUACUGCGUCUCCUCGAGGACAUCCCAGCCCAGAGCCUGACGCCGAAUUGUCUGAACAACCUGAGAGAGAGGCCGAUCAACGCGCCCAGGCGGGCCCUCCAUACUCGAGCGAUUUUCCGGUGAACUCCACGGCGGCUAAUUCUCAACAUCACUCUCGCAAGCGAAUGACUCUAGACAUAGCGCCUGCAAACAGCUUAAUUGGACCUCCAUCAUCAAAGCGUCAUCGGAUAGACUCUACAACCGUGCCCGCCCCCAGCCUAGGAUCCGUACCAAAGCAUCGAACCGCGACCCCCUCAGCCGUGCCAAGUUUUGGCGGGCGGCUCUCUCAACUAUUUUCACCCGCUGCGAGAUCGGGUACGGAUAGUUCCCAACUAUUAGGAGCACUAGGGACGGCAACGCGUAAUAUCGUUGUGGAGGAGGAGCCCGAAGAAGAAUCGGAAUUUGGAGCGGAUCCUAUCGCAACCGUGGUUAACGAAGACGAGCACGACGAAGCGGAUGCUGACACCAGAGCGUCAGAGACUGCCAUGGAUGAUGGCGUGGACCUAGGGAUAGAAGGCAGCCCAGAGAGAAUGAUUCUGGAUGGAGAGCCAUCUAUCGAACGGGAUGAAAGCCCACCAGUGGUUGCCGAAACUAGACAAACGCGGCCCAUCACGACAAGAAACGUAGGCAGAAGGAAAGAUGCCACCCUUCAGUACCAACAGAGCUUGCAUCUGGAUGCGGAAAGUCUAGGAGCGAGAGUAGCUGCCUGGAGUGGGUGUUUCAGUGAAGCCCCUCGGUCAGCCUCUACUACACCGAAUGAAGAGAGCGAUCUUGGAACCAACGAUGCAGAACAAAAACUGACCCUCACAAUAUCCAAAGGCGACUUUAACAAAAUGAAGAUUGUUGGGCAGUUUAACCUCGGUUUCAUCUUAGCCGUAAGGCCAGCAGGUGAGGAGGGUGAUGAGAAUGCUGCCGAGAGACGUGACGAACUUUUCAUCAUCGACCAACACGCCUCCGACGAGAAGUAUAACUUCGAACGCCUCCAGUCAUCGACCGUAGUCGAAUCGCAGCGUCUCGUACACCCGAAAACACUGGAUCUAACUGCUCUCGAAGAAGAGAUCGUUCUGAAUAACCUCCAAGCCCUUGAAGCGAACGGUUUCAAGGUAACUAUCGAUGUAUCUGGGGAUUCACCCGUCGGCGCAAGAUGCCAACUCCUCGCUCUUCCCCUCAGCAAAGAGACCACGUUUACAAUUGCCGACCUGGAGGAACUCAUCUCCUUGCUAGGAGACAGCCACGCGACCUCUGAUACAACGGCCGUGCCCAGGCCAUCAAAGGUACGGAAGAUGUUCGCUAUGCGAGCGUGCCGUAGCAGCAUCAUGAUUGGCAAUCCCCUGCAGCACCGGAAGAUGGAGAAGGUUGUGAGACACAUGGGCGAGCUCGACAAGCCGUGGAACUGCCCGCAUGGGAGGCCGACAAUGCGGCAUCUUUGCAGCAUGGAUGCCUGGGACAAUCGGCGAUGGGUUGGAGAUUGCGGUCCCGCAACCUCUGGUCUUGACCUUUCAUGGGCCGACUACGUUGGUGAGUAG